GGACUUGUGGGCAGUGCAGUAAACCUUGUCCUGUACAUACUCAGUAAAAAAUGGGAAAACCUCCAUGUGCUGGGGAAGAGGCAGAUGUCCAUAUUCUCAAUGUACCUGAUCCAAUCCUCUGGACAGAUGGCAGCACAGUGACCGAGACGACAGCUGAUAUCAGAUACAAGUUAUUGGGUGACAUAACACAAGGAAAUGUAUCAUUGACUAUUAGAAAUGUAAGUAAGACAGAUGAAGGCACAUAUUGCUGCAGAGUGGAAAUCCCUGGAUGGUUCAAUGAUCAGACACAUGAAAAAAGUGUGAAAAAUACUUGAAGCACCAAAGAGCACCAAACCAGCGCUCACGACGUGGUCCCUUGGCCUCACGCAUGCACCAGACUAUAAUCAUCGAGAACAUAGAAAUGUUACCAGCACACCCUUUACUGCAAUGAUUCCAGGCACCUCAAAUGGAGAACAGCAGAUGGUGCAGAUUGAAGAGGAUCUGAACAGUGACCAUGUUAACCCAAUCAUUGCUGGAGUUGUGGUCCUUAUUAUUUUGUUGGUGUCUAUAGUGGGACUUCUGUCUACUUGGAGGUACCACAAAAUAAAGAAUAAAAACAAAUCCAGGAAUACAAGAACACUGGCACUGGAAGGUCUUCAGGCAGCACAAAUCCAG